AUGGAUACUUUUUCAUGUGUUCCUCCAGGUUUUCGAUUUCAUCCUACUGAUGAAGAGCUUGUGGAUUACUAUCUUAGGAAAAAAGUGGCUUCAAAAAAGAUUGACCUAGAUGUAAUAAAGGAUGUUGAUUUGUACAAAAUUGAGCCAUGGGAUCUUCAAGACAAAUGUAGGAUAGGAGCAGACGAACAGCAUGAAUGGUAUUUUUUCAGUCACAAAGAUAAGAAGUAUCCAACUGGUACUCGCACUAAUAGAGCAACAGCAGCUGGAUUUUGGAAGGCCACUGGAAGAGACAAGCCAAUUUACUCAAAGCAUAACCUUAUCGGCAUGAGGAAGACCUUAGUAUUUUAUAAAGGCAGAGCACCAAAUGGGCAAAAGUCAGAUUGGAUCAUGCAUGAGUAUCGGCUUGAAACUAAUGAAAACGGAACUCCGCAGGAAGAGGGUUGGGUUGUCUGCAGGGUGUUCAAGAAACGAGUGCCAACAGUAAGAAAACCAAGUGAGCUUGACUCUCCUUGUUGGUAUGAUGAACAAUUAUCCAUCCUGCAAAGCCAACUUGAUUCCCCGAAUAGUAUUUCAAUACAGCCUAACAUGGCAUACCACCAGCAUCUUCAAUCCUACAAAAGAGAGACAAAAAUGCACUACCACUUACCAUAUGAACCUUGCCACCAGCCUCAGCUAGAGAGCCAAAAACUUCCAAACUACAUCAACCAUUGGAAUUCUCUCCAAUCCUUUACUUCUUCAGAGGACAAAACAGUGCAGCCUACCCACCAACUUCAGAUGGUCACGUUUUAUGAUAGCAGUGGAGACAUAGAUCAAGCAGUUGAGCAAGUGACAGAUUGGAGGGUUCUCGACAAGUUUGUUGCUUCUCAGCUUAGCCAUGAUGGAACUAAAGGACCUGAGUAUAAUUCAGAUACAGCUGAUAUUCUUCAAGUUUCCAGUAAACAAGAAGUGGCAGUGGAGUAUGCUUCAAAAUCCGCCUCAAGCUGCCAAAUUGAUUUAUGGAAGUGAAACAGUAUAAUGGUAGAAUUAGACUUAUAUAUAAUUAGUGAUCUUAGGUAAUAUGAUAUCAAUCAGAUGGACAAGGCAUGAUUAUGGCUUUUGUACAUAAGUGACUGAAAAUUUAGCAUCAGUGGUGCUUUAGACAUUUGUAGUAGUAGCUGAUAGGGAAUAACUAAUAUGAAUAAGGUGAUGGUUGAUGCGGUCGAGGGUUUUGAUGAACAAAUCAGCUUUCUUCUUGAAUGUUUAAGAACGGCUAAUAAGUACUGAUACAAUUCAAGAAAACUAUAACUGUUUUUCACAAUAGAAACAAAAAAGAGAGAGGAGCCAUAAUUAGCAAACGAAAGAAAGAAAGAAAAGACAAAAGAUUAGGAGUACUGCUAAUGUUGCUUGCUCUGGAAAGAGGUAUAAGACUCAGAAACUGGAAAUCGUAGUAUAAAAGAAAAUAAAGUCUACUAAUUGUUCUAAGUAGUAAAAUUAAAUCAGCAAUGAUAUAAUAAUGUUGUUUAUAUUGUAGCUUUUAACAGGUUAUUUCAAUCCAAGCUAGAUGCAUUUUUCAGCAAGGAAACAAUGUUCCAGCAAAUGCAGGUGCAUGUCAUGCUUGCCUAUUGAUUGAGCUCUAGCUCUACUGUUGAAAUUCAAGCUCUGCUUCCCAAAUACAUUAAGUUUAUUCUAAACUGUUGCACAUCAUGUGCCUAAAACUCAAAAACUACUCUAGUGGGAAUUUUUUUUUAAACAAAAAAUAAACCAAUUUUGUAUUUUCUUAAUGAAAAUUGUAACAUUCUUCCGAAAGCGAAAGGAACAUUCUCAAAUGUGAUUAGCGGUUCAACUAUUUAGUAAUACAUAUUUGUUCUUGGAAAAUCAAGAUAUAUUCUAGUGGUAUAGCAUGAAUUCAGACCAUCAAAAAUAUUUGCAAAGUCAUACACAUUUUGGAAAAAAUAAAGAACUUAUGCAGAAUAAAUAUUUUUACAAACACUACAAUAAAAUUACACCUUGCGAACUUUCUGUCUGUCAACUAAUUUUUAAAAGAAGUAGGUAGUAACACUCUUAUCUUCAACUACCAGAAAAGUGCAAGCAUAAUCAAGAGAAAGAGGCUUCCCACCUUACCUCCAAAAGAACAUGAUACCCCUGGAUGGGACAUACAUCUUAACUAGCCUGAUGAAACUUAUAUCUCAAAACUAUUCUGGGCAUGGAUAAAGUAAGGAUUGUUUUCUCUAAAGUAAGCACGUUAAAGUAGAAGAAAAACAUAUUGAGGAAAAAGAAUGGGACUCUAAAAUUUGUUACACUGCAGGAAAUACAUGACUUACAUUUGAUUCAUAUAUAUCAAGAAUUUUUACAUAUUAACAUAAUUGCUUUUCUUGAUAGAAGAAAAGUAACAUGAUAUCCCAGCUUAAGAAAAAUAAAAACAACAAUAGCAGCAGUAACAGCAUGUACAUAACAUCAAGAACAACAACUACACAACUGUGCUGCAUACAGUUGCUCCUAUCAUAUAUCAUUAUUGUUAAUGCCACUACUGCAAUAUUAAUAUUCACAACACAACCAUAAACAUAUUAAACUCAUAAUAGCUUAGUAUUUCCUAUCAGCAGCUAAGAUGCUCUCUUACAAGGAAAGCUCAGGACCAUUUUCACAUUUUUUAGCAACAUGCAUGAUGUUACAAGAGCCCCCACCAAUUUAUGAUUUCCUUUUUCCGAUUUUUAGCUGUCAAUAACAACCACUAACCUAUAUAUGUAAUUAAGCUAGGGAAUGGUAACAAAAAGAGUAGACAACCAUCUAGCCUCUGUUCAUUCAGAAAGGGUGAACCUAUUGAGCAUGACUCAAUGCAGAAGUGGCACAAAUGAAUCACAUAUAUAUUUAGAUUCAAAACCAUAGCCACUAGAUCAUGCUAAGAUACCAUGCCCCUGAAGUUGUUUUCAGAUACUGUUUGCCAUGUCAUCCAUAUAUGUGGAUGAGGCAUGACUAGGGAGCCUCAUUGACACAAGCACAGAACCCUAACAUCCCACUAGUUGCAAUGAGCGACAUGCCUAGCUAGAUCACGACCAUCACGGCUCUGUUCUCCCAAAACACAACCAAGCAUGUCCAUAUGAAACUCUCUUAUGCAUGCAUCAAAUUAUCCUAUACGGUGCACGAACAUAUCAGGUGACGUUUGGUUUGAAAUGAGGCUGAAAUAAGUGCAAAUAAAUCAUUUUGACCUUUGGUACCAUUGAAGCACCUCGGUAUAACUAUAAAUUGGGGAAGUGAACUGUUAAGAGAGCCUUAGCAGACUUAUGCAAAAGAGCUUAGCUUCAAUAAGCUAUAAGGAGAAGCUAUAUAUUACCUAAAGU